AUGAUUACAAGGACAUGGAAAUCUCUGUCUAGCAUCCCUUCUCAUGGGUCUGUUGUAAGGGGUUUGGGUAAUAGGAAUAAGAGAAUUGCGGCUAGAUGGGCUCCUCCUCCUCUGGGUCAUUUCAAGCUUCACUUUGAUGGUGCUUCUAGGGGAAAUCCGGGUCUGGCUGGGGUUGGUAUGGCCAUUUUUGACCAUAAUGCAGUCCUAAUAGCAACUGAUUGUCAUGCCCUUGGGUCUCAAUCAAACAAUUUUGCUGAAUGUCAAGCUUUAUCACUUGGGAUUGAUUUGGCUAUUUCCUUAGGGAUCAAGCACCUUUCGAUCCAGGGGGAUUCAAUGGUAGUCAUUCAAAGUGUUUUGAACUGCAAGAGUAAUUAUUGGCACUUGAAGUACAUAAUUGAUCAUAUUUUGGAGAAAUUAUCCUUCUUUGAUACUUUUGUAUUAUCUCAUUGUUUUCGAGAGUUAAAUAAACUGGUAGAUUUUCUGGCUAAUUUGGCUAUUGACUUUGGUGCCCACCAUAAGAGUAUAGCAGUAUGUGACAUUCCUCAAGACGUCCUCCUCGGGUAUAUGUCCCAUCCCAAAGAUUAA